AUGGGGAUUGCUGUUCUCCUCUUCACCAUUUUCAUCUUUAUGAAUCAAGUUCUACCAGCCAGGGGCAAGUUCAAGGAGGUUUGUGAGCGUCCAAAUGGCUUCUGCCGGGAAUUUUGCAUUGAAACAGAAAUCCUCGUUGGCAAAUGUUUAGAUAGGCGACUAUGCUGCAUGCCCCUGUUGGAUCAACCAAAAGUAGAGAGUACUGAGAGUACUAAGAGUGCUGUACACAAGACUUGA